ACUGGUUGAGGGAGAGAGAGCGAGGAGGCGCUUUGAAUCGGAAAGGAUUGACUCGGGUAAACUAGGAGGGCGUUGGCUGCAGAGACCAAGCAGUGAUCAUCACGUCUUGUUCUCCACUAACUCUAUCCACAGCAGUACUAGUUUUGUCAGGGAUCUCAGGAUUACUUUUUGCGUAGAAAUUGCCCACGGACAACUCGGUGGAUGCAACAUGCUGCUGUUACUGCUUGCCAUCUUCCUCCUGCACCUUAGCACAAUCAUCUUCCUCAUUAUAUCCACGGCUAACAGUGCUUGGUGGAGCACAGCCGACUACAGCAUGGACAUUUGGAAGCAGUGUUUCCAUGGGAACGGCACCUGUGUCACUGUAGUCGAUAAAGAUUUGGAUGACUGCCUGCAGGCUGUGCAAGCGAGCAUGGUCCUCGCUGUCAUCUUCAGCUGUUGUGGCUUCUUCGUCUUCAUCUGCCAGCUCUUCACCCUGAAGAUAGGCAACCGCUUCAUCUUCACGGGGGUCUUCCAGCUCCUCUCCUGUCUGUGUGUGGUGAUCGCAGCUGUCAUCUACACUAUUUACUUCCACACCAAAGACCAGGAUGGGGGGUACGGGUCCUCCUACAUUCUGGGAUGGCUGUGUUUCCCCUUGACCCUCAUCAGCGGGGUGAUAUACACCAUUCUCCGCAAGCGAGACUAAACCUGAGAGCGAGAGAGAUCGAGAGAGAGACCACUGCGAGGGGGCUCAGCUGGGCCCUGAGGACGGUUCUUGGAACCCAAAAACGUUAAAAAUAUUUUGAGCAAUUUUUGGAUUUCCAUUUUGGAAAAAGAGGAUGGUAUUUUUUUAAAUUCCUUCUUUGUUAGUUUUGUUUAGUUUAGUUUGGAGAUGCAGCGCGGAAACAAGGCCCUUCGGCCCACCCAGUCCGUGCCGACCCGCGAUCCACACACACACACACACACACACACACACACACACACACACACACACACACACACACACACACACACACACACACACACACACACACACACACACGGACCAUUUACAAUUAUACCCAAGCCAACUAGCCGACAAACCUUUGGAGUGUGUGGGAGGAAGCCAGAGCACUCGGAGAAAACCCACGCAGGUCACGGGGAGAAUGUACAGACAGUGCCCCUAGUCAGGAUCGAACCUGGGUCUCUGGCGCUGUGAGGCAGCAACUCUACCAUCAAGCCACACCAUCUAUGUCCUUUUCCCUCCCCUUGCCCAUCCCCAGCGCACAAAAAGACAUGGAUUGGAAACGUUUAGAGGGAUAUGGGCCAAAUGGGGCUUAAUCUGGCUCCAUGAAUCCAGAUACCUUUUAGAUAAUAAUUAAUAAUAAUGAAUACAUUUAUUGGCCAUGUAUUCACAUACAAGGAAUUUGCCUUGGUGCUCCACCCGCAAGGUUCUCAAGCUAUCUCCUGAUUUAUCGAUUAUCCCUUUCCCACCA